GCAUGUAAUCUCUCGCGCUAACGGCCAAAGCGCGUGGCAUCAGUGUUUUCAACGGCAACAGUUGAUAACGGCUGGAUUUUUGAAAAACUUCAUUGUCAAGCGGUCAAGAAACACCAACGAAUUUUUUCUACUAGCUAGCUAACUUAACGUUACUUGGAAAACAGAAACCGCACUAACAGUAGGCCGAUGGGCAUCUUUAAUUGUAUCGAUGACUGAGUUUUGGUGAGAGCAAAAAAAUGCUAUUGCAAAGUUAACAAGAGAGAAUAAACAGAAGGUGGUGAUAUUGCCAGAGCUCUUUAUAAUGGAUGCAUAUGAUUCAAAUGCAAACAAGCAUGAAUCUCAGGCCAAAUACAAGCAGGCAAGAGAAGAGCGAAAGAUGCUCCUCACCACUGCACACAACUACAUGAUUGACAUUCUGGCUGACAGGCUGACCUUGGAGCCAACAGCAGUAGAGGAAUUUAUUUUAGAUUCUUCAUCUCUGGCUGCUUUUGAUAAUUUCUUCGCCAAAGGAGGUUGUAAAACCAUUUCCUUUGUGUAUCAAGAGUGUGAAGUCCCAGGAAUAGAAUGUGGACGCUCAUAUCCUGGGACUACCAAAGGGGGAAAAAUAUUGAGGCUGUUUUUAGCCAAUCUGUCUCAGACAUGUCUUACAGGCAUUUGCUGCUCUUUCACACGGACCAGAGUGGACAUUCCUGUGAAUUUCGAAAACAUACAUGAGGAGAUCUUCUUUUCAAUGGUUGAUGCCAGAGAGGGCCUCCUGAAAGGAACAAGGAAUGCCAGCAACUUCCUGCUACCAGCUCUUGACGCACAAAACUGGGGUGUCUUAGAUAAGUCUAGACAUGGAGGAAAAUUUAAAAAGAACUUCAAGUACACAAUGAAACGUUUCCUUAGCUCUUUAGAUGACAUACAGAUGAGCAAUGAGAGUAUAGUUCAUCUGAAUGCAGUCACAGAUAUUGACUUUUCUAAAUUGGCCUCCCUUGACGAUAUGAAAGUUGCAGCUUCCAAUUCUGACAUGGUGCAUCGGCUGGAAGAAAUUCUGAUGCAAUGGUAUAAGCAAAUCGAGCAGGUCCUGAUAGAAAGUGAUCAGUUAAGGAAAGUGGUUGAUUCUGCAGGGCCAUUAAGUGAGUUGGAACACUGGAAAAAAAUGUCUUUAAGGUUCAACUCCAUCAUCAAUCACAUCAAAGGCCCAGAAUGUAAGGCAGUGGUAAUGGUGCUCCAUAUCAGCCAUUCUAAGAUUAUGAAGAUGUGGAGGGUGCUGGAUGCCAAGAUAACAGAUCGCACCAAUGAAGCAAAAGACAAUGUAAAAUUCCUUUACACACUGGAGAAAGUCUGUCAACCUCUUUACAACAGUGACCCGGUCACUAUGAUGAAAAGCGUGCAGAACGUCAUCAAUGCCAUUCAAAUGAUUUACAAUGUUUCAUUGUCCUACAAUACCAGUGAAAAGAUAUCUUCACUGUUCAUCAAAGUGACAAAUCAGAUGGUUACUGCGUGCAGAUCAUAUAUUACUGACAAUGGCACAUGUCUAAUAUGGGACCAAGACGCUGAUACCAUUGUCAAGAAAAUGCAGGACUGUAUCUGCUUAUAUCAGGAGUAUCAGUCUUGCUUCCAGAAAACAAAGAAACAAACAAUGGAAAGACCUGGAAAGAGGUCCUUUGAGGUUUCAGAGAUGCAGAUUUUUUGCAAGUUUGAGGCCUUCUGCAAGCAACUCGUAAAGAUCAAACAAAUAAUUACAGUGUUCAAGAUGUUCGGAUCUCUUGGAAAAUCAAAUAUUGAGGGCAUUGAGAUUCUGGCCAGACAAUUCCACACUGUAUCCAUGAAUCUGAAAAGGAAGCAGUAUGAUAUGUUGGCUCCAAGGACAGUUGAAUUCGAAACAGAUUUUGCUAAGUUUAUGGCUCAAAUCGGCCACAUUGAGAACCAGCUUAGGACCUUUAUGAGUUCAUGCUUCUCAAAUAUCAUCUCAUCUCAGCAAGCUCUGUCCUUAAUACAGCGUUUUCAGAGGCUGAACAUUCCCUGUCUUGACACAGAAAUUUCCAACCUUUUGGGUCUAAUUCUUCAACGUUAUGCCUCAGAAGUAGAGUUUGUGAAAAAGCUAUUUGACAAACAAAGAGAUGACCCCCCAUUAGCAAGAAACAUGCCUCCUGUGGCAGGACGGAUUGGUUGGGUCAAGCACCUCUACCAAAAAAUAGAGGAACCCAUCUCAUACAUAAAAAAAAACUCGGACAUCUUGUGCAGCCCUGAGGGACAAGAUGUGGUCAAAAUGUACAAUCAAACUGCAGCUGCGUUUGUCAAGUUUGAAUCUGUUUGCCACAGAGCGUGGAUGAUUGAAGUGUCGAAACUAGAUUAUGUCUUGAAUAUUACUCUGCUGGUUCGUCACCCAAGGACUGGAAAAUAUGUUGUCAACUUUGAUCCUAAAGUAACUGAGGUCAUUCGGGAGGCUAAGUGUUUGUUAAAGAUGGGUCUGGAGGUUCCAAAGCAGGCGUUGCGUCUGGUGAAGUUGGAAAGCAAAAUAAACACCGAUCACCUCCGACUACAGACCAUUUUGGCAGAUUAUGAGUCUACUUGUGAGAACAUUCCUGCGGACUUUGCCAGCCUGAUGGCUUCAAAAAUAAAAAAUGUGGAAUCUGUGCUUCGCCAUGGGUCGGUGCUGCUCACCUGGUCAUCCUUCCUCCUGGACAAGUUCUUCCAAAAUGUUGACACUGCUUUGUUUGAGCUCAAACAUCUUGUAAAGAAGUUGCAGGAUAUCUGUAAGAUACACAUUGAUGAUGUCCUUAAAGACAUCUCAGAAACUGUGCUGAUUGAGCUCCCUGAAAGUGAUGCGUCUUCAGUGCAGCACCUGAUUGACCGCAAUGAGAAUCUAUGUAAGGAGUGGGCAAACACAUUGAACUACAAAUGUAAUCGUGUUAGAGAAGCGGUGAAGGAGCUGGGUAAUGUGUUCAGUGCCAUAUAUGAAUCAAAAGGCACCAAGAAGACGGUUGAGGAGCCAGUUUCAGGACGCCGGAGUGUGACUUUCUCAGGAGAGAGCCAGAAGACCCUUAAUGAGGAUGAGGGAAUGAAUUUAGAAGGUCCAUAUAGAGAUAAAGCAAUCGAAUUUGAGAAGGAGUUUAAGAAGCUUUAUGAAUACUUCAGUGCAAGGGUAUUAGAUGCACUGGUCAAGACAACCAAGCUAUCUCUGGAGACCCUGAAAAGGAGAAUUUCUGGCACUAUCUCGACAUCAAUAAAUGGGAAUUUUAGUACCUACCAGAAGUCAAAGUCUGAAACUAAGAUGGUCUCGCUUAUAAAAUGUGAAGUCCAGCUGGUUAUACCCAACGUGGUAAUGAUUCCCACUGAAGAUGAGAUCCAACAGGCCAUAAAUCGACUAAUUGACUUGGUGUUGGAAAUUAGCAAGGGCAUUGCAUGGCAGUGGGAGUACAGUCAAAGUUGUACAAAUAACAAAGGCGGAGAAAAAGAGAAUUUCUAUCACAGAGUUGUUGAACACAAGGACAUCAAAAAAGCUCUGGUCAUUCUUAAAUAUGAGGUCAGCUCCCAGAGAGGACAAGCAACUGAUGUUCUGAAGCAGUUCAAUCCUUUCAGGGGGAUCUGGGAUGAGGACAGGAACCUUAAAGUCAAGGAAUUCAUGGACAGCAAUCCAUCUUUGAGCCAGAUCAAAUCUGAAAUCCAGCACUACGACUCAAUUGAACAAGAAGUUGGUGAUAUUAAACCCAUCAUUGUUUUGGGGUCUAGUGAAUUGUCAACAGAGCCAUUGAAGAAGGCCUUGAUAGCUGAGACCAAAGCCUGGAAGAAACUGUUGUGCAAGUACCUAAAGGAGAAGUACAAAAAGAAAAUGAUUGACACCAGCAUACAUACCAAUAAAUACCUCAUACAGCUAUCUCAUCCUGUGGCUAAUCUGGAAGAUGUGCGUCGUGCCAUGGGGGCCCUGUCUAAGCUUCGAGAUGCUGAAAUACAAACUGAUAUGACAUUGAUUUCCAUUGAGGAAGCGUUUGAAAUUUUGACUAAAUAUGAAGCAGAGGUGACUAAAAGAGAAGCAGAGGGGGUCUACAAUCUGAGGCAUUUCUUCACAAAGCUUCAGUCUAAAGCAAGAUCACUGCAAGAUGAUCUUGUUCGUAUGCAGCCCAAGUUCAAACAAAACCUUCUAGAGUGUGUGGCCAUUUUCCAAAAUAACGUUGGCACCUUUGUGAAACAAUAUGAUUCAGAAGGCCCUAUGGCUGAUGGAAUCGCCCCCCAAGAAGCCAGCCGCAGGCUCCAGAUCUAUCAGACUCGAUUUGAAGAACUGUGGAGAAAUUUCACGACAUAUACCUCUGGAGAGCAGCUUCUUGGCUUGCCAGUUAGAGAAUAUGACUGCCUGCAAAAGAAAAAAAAAGAGCUUGAUCUGCUACAGAAACUCUAUGGCCUGUAUGAUGCAGUGAUGAGUAAGAUUAGAGGGUACUUUGGCAUCCUGUGGACAGAUGUGGAUAUUGAGAAGAUCAAUGCAGAACUUUUGGAAUUUCAGAACAGGUGCCGAAAGCUGCCCAAAGGAUUGAAGGACUGGCAAGCCUUCCAAGACCUGAAGAAGACAAUUGAUGAUUUCAGUGAGUCAUGCCCUCUGCUUGAGAUGAUGGCAAACAAGUCUAUGAUGAGGAGACACUGGGACCGGAUUACAGACCUGACUGGGCACCAAUUUGAGGUGGAGUCUGAUACCUUUACACUGCAGAACAUCAUGGAAGCACCUCUGUUGAAGUACAAGGACGAUAUUGAGGACAUCUGCAUAUCAUCUGUAAAGGAGAAGGAUAUUGAGGCCAAGUUGUCUCAAGUGAAAGAAGUGUGGUCCGGCCAGAUCCUGAACUUGAUGACAUUUAAGGAUAGAGGAGAACUGAUGCUGAAGGGGGCAGAUACAGUAGAGAUCCUCACCAUGCUGGAGGAUAGUAUGAUGGUGUUGGGGUCACUGCUGAGCAACAGGUACAGUGCUUUCUAUAAAGCAGAGAUCCAGGACUGGGUAACAAAGCUUUCAACAUCAACUGAUGUCAUUGAACAGUGGAUUAUUGUGCAAAACCUGUGGAUUUAUUUGGAGGCUGUGUUUGUUGGGGGUGACAUCGCCAAAGACCUGCCACAGGAAGCAAAGCGUUUUCAGAACAUUGACAAGUCCUGGAUUACGAUCAUGCAGCGAGCCCAAAAAGUCCCAAAUGUGGUGGAAUGCUGUGUGGGUGAUCCAAUUCUGGGACAGCUCCUACCAGAUCUUCAGAAACAGCUGGAGUUCUGUCAAAAAUCUCUCGCAGGGUACCUGGAGAAAAAGAGGCUCCUCUUUCCACGGUUCUUCUUUGUGUCUGAUCCGGCCCUUUUGGAAAUCCUCGGGCAAGCCAGUGAUUCUCACACAAUUCAGUCACAUCUUCUUGGAGUGUUUGACAAUGUUAAUGAAGUGGAUUUUCAUUCAACUGAAUAUGACAAGAUGUUGGCUGUUAGUUCACAAGAGGGAGAGAAACUAUCGCUGGACAGUCCUGUCAUGGCACAGGGACCAGUAGAGCUCUGGCUCGGGGAGCUGUUGUUACAACAGCAGGCUUCAUUACACUCUGUUAUCAAGGCUUCAGAUCUAGAGAUCAACGAUGAAGACUUUGAUCUUCUCUCUUUCCUCAACAAGUUUCAAGCACAGGUGGGCUUGUUGGGAAUCCAGAUGCUUUGGACAAGAGAUUCAGAAGAGGCACUGCAAAAUGCUGAGGAUGACAGGGAGAUAAUGCCUCUUACCAAAAAGAAAUUCCUAAAUCUACUCAGCGCACUUAUUAAACAAACCACCUGUGACCUGACCAAAUUUGACAGAGUCAAAUAUGAGACGCUUGUCACAAUCCAUGUACACCAGAGUGAUAUAUUUAACGACCUAGUAAAAAAGCGUAUCAAAUCUGUCAGUGACUUUGAAUGGCUGAAGCAGAGCAGAUUUUACUUCAAGGAGGACAUGGAUAAGGUCCUUGUGUCUAUUACUAAUGUGGACUUCAUUUAUCAGAAUGAGUUCCUAGGCUGUACCGACCGUCUGGUCAUCACCCCUCUAACUGACAGGUGUUAUAUCACACUGUCCCAGGCUCUGGGCAUGAGCAUGGGAGGAGCUCCUGCAGGGCCAGCCGGCACUGGGAAGACUGAAACCACUAAAGACAUGGGUCGCUGCCUCGGCAAAUAUGUGGUCGUGUUCAACUGCUCGGACCAAAUGGACUUUAGAGGACUUGGCAGGAUAUACAAAGGCCUUGCACAGUCAGGGUCAUGGGGCUGCUUUGAUGAGUUCAACAGAAUCGACCUGCCAGUGCUUUCUGUUGCUGCUCAGCAGAUCUACAUUGUUCUGAUGGCACGCAAGAAACAUAAAAGCAGUUUCAUCUUUACUGAUGGAGACUGUGUUACUCUGAAUCCAGAGUUUGGCCUUUUUAUCACUAUGAACCCUGGGUAUGCAGGUCGUCAGGAACUUCCUGAAAACCUAAAAGUGCAAUUCAGAACGGUGUCAAUGAUGGUACCAGACCGGCAGAUCAUCAUGAGAGUCAAACUAGCCAGUUGUGGGUUCAAUGACAAUGUCGUCUUAGCCCAGAAGUUCUUUGUCCUUUAUAAACUGUGUGAAGAACAACUUACAAAACAGGUCCACUAUGACUUUGGCCUGAGGAAUAUCCUGUCUGUGUUAAGAACACUGGGGGCCAAUAAAAGAGCACGGCCUGAUGACACAGAGUCCAGAAUUGUCAUGAGAGUGCUGCGUGACAUGAAUCUUUCUAAACUGGUGGAUGAGGAUGAGCCCCUCUUCCUUAGCCUAAUCAAUGACCUAUUCCCUGGUAUCCAACUGGAUGGGAGCACAUAUGUUGAACUUCAAGCAGCUGUUGCCCAUCAAGUUGAGCUUGCUGGUAUUGUCAACCACCCACCAUGGAACCUCAAGCUGGUUCAGCUUUAUGAGUCUUCACGAGUACGCCAUGGCCUGAUGACUUUGGGCCCAAGUGGAGCUGGGAAGACCAUAGUCAUCAACCUGCUUAUGCGAGCUUUGAGUGAAUGUGGAGCCCCAACCAGGGAGUUACGCAUGAACCCCAAAGCGAUCACUGCACCACAGAUGUUUGGUCGUCUUGAUGCAGCCACCAGUGAUUGGACUGAUGGGAUCUUUUCCACUCUGUGGAGAAGGACACUUAAAGCCAAGAAAGGGGAGUUCAUAUGGAUUGUGCUGGAUGGACCUGUGGACGCCAUAUGGAUUGAGAACCUCAACUCUGUGCUGGAUGAUAACAAAACACUGACCCUGGCUAAUGGUGACCGCAUCACUAUGUCUCCAUCCUGCAAGCUGGUGUUUGAGGUGCACAACAUGGAUAAUGCUUCCCCUGCUACUGUGUCCAGGGUGGGUAUGGUCUUCAUGAGCUCCUCGGCUCUUAGCUGGAAACCCAUACUCCAGGGAUGGGCUAACAAACGCAAAGCAAAAGAGGCAGAAAGCAUUAUGAAUUUAUACGACAAGAUAUUUGAAGACGCUUACUUAAAUAUGAAGCAAACCCUUAAACCCAAAAUGGAGCUUUUGGAAUGCAACUAUAUAAUGCAGUCUGUGAAUCUGCUGGAAGGCCUUAUCCCAACCAAGGAGACAGGGGGCUUGGCUGGAAGCAAACACCUUGAACGCCUCUUUGUCUUCUGCCUGAUGUGGAGCCUGGGAGCCCUUUUGGAGUUAGGGGAUAGAGAAAAACUGGAGCAUUACAUCAGAGCUCAUGGCAGUGGCAUUGAUGUACCUCAAACACAGCCAGGAGAGACAAUGUUUGAGUACAUGGUCAACCCAAACGGUGAAUGGUGUCAUUGGAAUAACCAUGUGGGGGAGUAUGUCUAUCCUACUGAUCAUGUGCCAGACUACGCCUCCAUUCUUGUUCCAAAUGUUGAUAACACAAGAACCUCUUUCCUGCUCGAGACAAUUGCCAAACAACGCAAGGCCGUUCUGCUCAUUGGUGAACAAGGGACAGCAAAGACUGUGAUGAUAAAAAGCUACACAAAAAAAUAUGAUCCUGAAACAGACCUGUCCAAGUCCCUAAACUUCUCAUCUGCAACAGAACCCAUCAUGUUUCAGCGAACAGUGGAGAGCUACAUUGAGAAAAGGAUUGGCAGCACCUAUGGACCCCCAGGGGGACGCAGGAUGACAGUCUUCAUUGAUGAUAUCAACAUGCCUAUUGUCAAUGAAUGGGGAGAUCAGAUCACCAAUGAGAUAGUACGCCAGAUGAUGGAAAUGAAUGGCAUGUACAACCUAGACAAACCAGGAGACUUCACCACUAUUGUGGACGUACAAGUUCUGGCUGCCAUGAUUCAUCCUGGUGGUGGCAGAAACGACAUCCCACAAAGACUGAAAAGACAGUUCACAGUCUUCAACUGUACUCUGCCGUCCAACACCUCCAUUGAUAAGAUCUUUGGUGUCAUUGGCUGUGGAUAUUUCCAUACAUGCAGGAAAUUCAAGCUUGAGAUUUCAGACAUGGUGAAGUGUCUUGUGUCUGCUGGAAGGAUUGUAUGGCAGUGGACAAAGGCAAAAAUGCUUCCUACACCAGCCAAGUUCCACUACAUCUUCAAUUUGAGAGACUUGUCCAGGAUCUGGCAAGGAAUGUUAAACAUUAAGGCCGAAGAAUGUAAUGAUAUCUCCACUCUCUUGGCUCUUUUCAAGAGUGAAUGUAUGCGGGUCAUUGCUGACAGGUUUAUUUGCUCUGAGGACCGAGAGUGGUUUGAGAAGGCUGUGUCUCGCGUGAUUCAAGAGCAUGUUGACCCCAGCCUUGUCGCAGAACUUCAUCCUGAGCCCUACUUUGUGGACUUCCUGCGAGAUGCUCCCGAGCCCACUGGAGAAGAAGAUGAAAAUGCCUGUUUUGAUGCCCCCAAAAUCUAUGAACUGGUGCCAAAUUUUGAGUUCUUAUCAGAAAAGCUGAUGAUGUAUCAGACCCAGCACAAUGAGGUCAUAAGAGGCUCCAGCCUAGAUCUCGUAUUCUUCACGGAUGCCAUGACUCAUCUAGUCAAGAUCUCCCGAAUCAUUCGAACUGACAAUGGUAAUGCCCUGCUUGUUGGAGUGGGAGGAUCAGGGAAACAGAGCCUGACUCGCCUGGCCUCAUACAUAGCUGGAUACAGCAUCUUCCAGAUCACAUUGACAAGAACAUACAACAUAAGUAAUUUCAUGGAUGACCUGAAACUGUUAUAUAAAACAGCUGGGGCUCAGGGAAAAGGCAUCACCUUCAUCUUUACGGACAAUGAAGUAAAAGAUGAAGCCUUUCUCGAGUACCUCAACAAUGUUCUUUCUUCUGGAGAGGUCUCCAACCUUUUUGCUAAAGAUGAGAUUCAAGAAAUAACUCAGAACCUGCUCUCUGUAAUGAAAAAGGAGUUUCCUCGUGUACCACCAACCUUUGACAAUCUUUAUGACUACUUCAUAUCCCGGUCCAGAAAGAAUCUGCAUGUAGUUCUUUGCUUUUCACCGGUGGGGCAGAAGUUUGGCUCCAGAUCCCUGAAGUUUCCAGGGUUAAUUUCUGGCUGCACCAUGGACUGGUUCACCCCUUGGCCCAAUGAUGCUUUGGUGGCUGUAUCUAACUGUUUCUUGUCAGAGUUUCUAAUAGUUUGCUCUGCUGAUGUCAAGGCUUCUGUGGUGACCACCAUGGGUACAUAUCAUGACAAAGUAUCCGUUGCCUGUGACAGCUACUUUGAAAGGUUUCGAAGAAGAACUCAUGUCACCCCUAAAUCAUACCUCUCUUUUGUGAAUGGUUACAAAACACUAUACACUGAAAAGUACAACUAUAUCAACACACUAGCAGAGCGCAUGAAUGUUGGGUUGAACAAACUGGUGGAGGCAAGUAAGUCUGUGGCUCAACUAUCCAAAGUUCUUGAGGUCAAGGAAAAAGAGCUGGCUAUAGCAUCUGUCAAAGCUGACAAGGUGGUGGCAGAGGUGACAGUCAGUGCUGAAGCUGCUACCAUUGUAAAGAAUGAGGUCCAGGUUGUGAAGGAUAGAGCCCAGAAAAUUGUGGAUGGAAUUGAGAAAGAGAAAGCUUUUGCAAUGGAAAAACUGGAGGCUGCCAAGCCAGCUUUAGAAGAGGCUAAAGCUGCACUAAAUACCAUCAAGCCUGCUGACAUUGCCACAGUGAGGAAAUUAGCCAAGCCUCCACAUCUGAUCAUGAGGAUUAUGGACGCCUGCCUGGUGUUAUUCCAAAGGAAGUUGGACACAGUCUCUAUUGAUCCAGAACGACAUUGUCUUAAGCCAUCAUGGUCAGAAGCACUGAAGCUCAUUAGUGCUACUGGUUUUUUGACAAACCUCCAGCAGUUCCAAAAGGACAAAAUUAAUGGGGAAACGGUAGAACUGCUGCAGCCUUACUUUGAAAUGGAGGAUUACACAAUGGAAAAUGCCAAGAAAGUGUGUGGUAAUGUAGCUGGUUUGCUAGGAUGGACCAGGGCUAUGUCCACAUUCUUUGGCAUCAACAAAGAAGUACUCCCACUCAAGGCUAACCUGGCCAUUCAGGCAAACCGGCUAAGAGUGGCUAAUAAUGAGCUAGGCAGGGCUGAGGCUCAGCUGGCUGAGAAGCAAGCAGAGUUUGACAAAGUCAAGGCCAAAUGUGAUGCUGCUAUGGAAGAGAAACAGGACUUGUUGGCUGAUGCUAAAAUGUGUAGGGAUAAAAUGCAGGCUGCAUCUACACUUAUUGACGGACUUAGUGGAGAGAAAAUUCGCUGGAUAGAGCAAAGCAAAGAAUUUAAAUCACAGAUCAACAGACUUGUGGGGGACGUGCUGCAGCUCACUGGCUUCUUGUCUUACUGUGGGCCCUUCAACCAGAGUUUCCGUGAAAUGUUGUUGAAGGACAUCUGGCAGAAAGAGCUCAGAAAACAUAAAAUCCCUUUCACAGAAAACCUCAACCUAAUUUCUUCCCUAGUGGACCCUCCCACUAUAAGCGAGUGGAACCUUCAAGGACUCCCAGGAGAUGACUUGUCUGUGCAGAAUGGCAUCAUUGUCACAAAAGCAACAAGAUAUCCCCUCCUCAUCGAUCCCCAGACUCAGGGCAAGGCUUGGAUUAAGCAAAAAGAAAAGGCUAAUGCACUCCAAGUGACAUCACUCAACCACAAGUUCUUUCGCUCUCAUUUGGAAGACUGUCUUUCUUUGGGACGCCCACUGCUUAUUGAAAAUGUAUGUGAGGAGCUAGAUCCUGCCCUUGACAAUGUCCUUGAGAAAAACUUUAUUAAAUCUGGGACCAGUUUCAAGGUUAAAGUGGGAGAUAAAGAGGUAAAUGUGAUGGAUGGUUUCCAGCUCUAUAUAACCACCAAACUGCCAAAUCCAGCAUACACCCCAGAAGUCAGCGCCAAGACAUCCAUCAUUGAUUUCACUGUAAACAUGAAGGGCCUGGAGAACCAGCUACUUGGUCGUGUCAUCCUCAGAGAGAAAAAUGAACUAGAAGCAGAAAGAUUGAAGCUAAUUGAGGACGUAACUGCCAAUAAGAGAAAGAUGCAGGAGUUGGAAGACAACUUGCUGUACAAACUCAGCAGCACAAAAGGUUCCUUGGUUGAUGAUGACUCCAUGAUCGGCAUUCUGAGUACAACUAAGCAAACUGCCGCUGAAGUUAGUGCAAAGCUCAGUGUUGCAGCAGAUGCAGAGGUGAAGAUCAAUAUAGCUCAAGCGGAAUAUCGUCCUGUUGCCUCGCGAGGCAGCAGCCUUUACUUCCUUAUCACAGAGAUGAGCAUGGUUAAUGUCAUGUACCAGAUGUCCCUGGGUCAGUUCCUCAAACUGUUUGACCUGUCACUAGAAAGGUCUGAGAAGUCUUCUAAAACUCAGAAGCGAAUUGCAAACAUCAUUGACUGUCUGUCCUAUGAGGUGUUCAGGUACACAGUGAGAGGCCUAUAUGAAAACCACAAGUUCAUCUUCACACUCUUGAUGGCUCUUAAGAUUGACUUACAGAAUAACAAAAUAGAGCAUGACAAAUUUCAGAUACUUAUCAAAGGUGGCGCAGCUCUUGACCUGAAGACCUGCCCCACAAAGCCAUUUAGUUGGAUCCUGGAUAUGAUAUGGCUAAAUGUAGUGGAACUCGGCAAAUUGCCACAGUUCACUAACAUCAUAACCCAGGUAUCCCAACAUGGAAAACUCUGGAAAGCAUGGCACAAUCUUGAUGCCCCAGAGGAAGGUGUCAUCCCUGAUGGAUACAACUCCCUUGAUGUCUUCCUUAAACUUUUGCUAAUAAGGUCUUGGUGCCCAGACCGUACCUUGUCUCAGGCCAGGAAGUAUGUAGGAAAAUCUUUGGGCAUGAGGUUUGCUGAGCCGAUCAUCUUGAACCUUCAAAGCACAUGGGAGGAGAGUGACCCUCGCACCCCACUAAUUUGCUUCCUUUCUAUGGGCUCAGAUCCUACUGACCAAAUUGAAGCACUUUCUAAGAAACUUGAACUUGAAUGUAGAGCUAUAUCCAUGGGGCAAGGACAGGAGGUGCAUGCAAGGAAGCUUGUUCAGACAUCAAUGACGCAUGGAGGCUGGGUCCUUCUGCAAAAUUGUCACCUGGGCCUGGAGUUUAUGGAUGAGUUGCUAGACACUAUCACAACUGCAGAGACCAUGCAUGAUACUUUCAGGGUGUGGAUCACCACAGAACCACACGAUCAGUUCUCCAUCACACUUCUACAGUCCUCCAUCAAAUUUACCAACGAUCCACCCCAGGGAGUGCGUGCUGGCUUGAAACGAACAUUUGCAGGAAUUUCACAGAACCAGCUGGAAGUCAGCAACCUGCCCAUGUGGAAGCCCAUGCUGUACAGUGUGGCCUUUCUCCACACUGCUGUGCAGGAACGACGCAAAUUUGGACCAUUGGGUUGGAACAUACCAUAUGAGUUCAACUCUGCUGAUUUCACUGCAAGUGUUGAAUUCGUUGAGAGACACUUGGAUGAUUGCGGCCCCAGGAAGGAUGUGUCCUGGGUAACUGUGCGAUACAUGCUAGCUGAGGUGCAAUAUGGAGGAAGGGUUACAGAUGACUAUGACAAACGCCUGCUCAACUGUUUCUCGCGUGUGUGGUUCAGUAAGAAGAUGUUUGACCCCUCAUUCUGCUUCUACACGGGUUACAAAAUUCCAGUGUGCAAGACAGUAGAAAAGUACAUGGAAUGUAUUCAGAGCUUGCCCACUGUGGAUUCGCCCCAGGUGUUGGGGCUGCAUCCUAAUGCUGAUAUCACGUAUCAGACGAACACAUCUGCUGAAGUUCUCGACACAAUCACGAAUAUCCAGCCCAAGGAAAGCGCAGGGGGAUCAGGAGUGACUCGGGAGUCUAUUGUUCACAACAUGGCGCAGGACAUGUUGGGGAAACUGCCCCCUAAUUAUGUGCCACAUGAGGUCAAAGCCAGGCUGUUGAAGAUGGGAGCUCUGAACCCAAUGAACAUAUUCCUACGUCAGGAGGUGGAUCGGAUGCAAAGGAUCAUCAGUGUGGUGCGCACUAGUUUGACUGACCUAAAUUUGGCCAUUGAUGGUACUAUCAUAAUGAGCGAGAACCUCCGUGAUGCCCUGGACAAUAUUUUUGAUGCCCGUGUGCCAAACCUGUGGAAGAAAAUCUCCUGGGAGUCUUCCACACUGGGCUUUUGGUUCACAGAGCUUCUGGAGAGAAACAAACAGUUCCACAGUUGGGUGUUUGAAGGAAGACCCAAAACCUUUUGGAUGACCGGCUUCUUCAACCCCCAGGGGUUCCUAACAGCUAUGAGACAAGAAGUAACAAGGGCAAACAAAGGCUGGGCUCUGGACACUGUUACCCUGACCAACAAAGUACUGAAGCAGGCACAGGAGGAGAUCACAGCCUCACCUACAGACGGAGUUUAUGUUUAUGGUCUGUACCUGGAUGGUGCUGGCUGGGACAGGAAGAACACUUAUCUCAUUGAGUCCUCACCCAAAGUGCUGUUCACCCCCUUGCCUGUCAUCCACAUGUUUGCCGUCAACUCCACUGCCCCCGUGGAUCCUAAGCUCUAUGUCUGCCCCGUCUACAAGAAACCAAGGCGCACAGACCUGAAUUACAUCACAGCAGUGGUGUUGCCUACCAUUCAGUCACCAGACCACUGGAUCUUGCGUGGGGUUGCCCUGCUCUGCGACAUCAAAUGAAAGAUAGCUGCAUGUCUUUAUUAUUAUGUCAUAUUGCUUAAAGGGCAAAUAAAUGUAUUUUUAAUGUCAAAUGGAUGUCAAUACUUAUACUUAAGAUAGCUACUAGUUAUAAUGCAGUGAUAAACAAAUGCCAUACCAUUUAUGUAUGUUCUAGUAGUUGACAAAUCAUUCCAGUUAGUAAUCAGGUUUUCUUUUGCUCUUUUAUGCAUUUAAUUCAAAGUGACAUCAGUGUAUUGGUCAGGUAGCAUGAGUGACAUAUCAAAUGUUGCAGUUAAAUUACAUGUUUAUUGAA